GGCCACGUCACCAUAACUACGCAAAGGAUUAUACGAACACGCACGAAUCGAAAAUCGAACAAAUCACAGACCCAAAUUCGAAUCUGAAGAAACUCAUCGGAGCUCGACUUUCUCCGUCGUCGCCGAGAUCGAUUCCAUCUUGUGGCGGCUCCGAAUCGAGUGUGGGGAGGGUAUGGAUUGGGAGAACGUAGCAGCAGAAGAUGUGAUCGAGGCGCUAAGAGAAGUGGAGUGGUCGACGCCUCCUCGCUCGUUCGGCGAAUUCUUCUCAAGAUUCGCGUUCCCGCGCUCUUUCUCUAAAUGGAAGAGCCGUCUCAAAUGCAAUCUCUACUACUAUCGGACGAAUUACUUUAUACUGGUGAUUCUCGUUCUUGGUCUUGCUCUGAUUACAAGACCAUUGGCUAUUCUUGGUGCUGCUUUCACGGCCUUGAGCUUAGCUUUCCUUAACGAUAGUUUUGCGGCUAGUUUUAAUGAGAAGUUCAUAAGGACUAUUAGGUUUUUCUCUCCGCACUUGGCGGCUAAAAUGAGGCCUCCUCACAUGCCUGUCAUACGUGGGAGAUCAGCAGCAAGGAAGACAGUUUACGUUUGUGGGAAACCACGAUGGGUGUUUGUCGUUACUUUCCUAACAACAAGUCUUGUCAUGUGGUUCUCUUCCUGCGGUUUGUUGUGGGUCCUCUAUGCAUUUCUGACUUCCCUCGCCGUGAUCAUUGUUCAUGCAAGCGUGAGAACACCAAAUCUCAAGGCACGCUUAAACACAUUCCGUGAAGAGUUUCGGGCUGUCUGGCGUAACUACAGUGAACUUUAGAGUCACAAAGGUCGCUACUCGCUACACAAUCAAGAAGCAAACCGAGCAGCUGUCAUGUUGUCAAGUAAGAGCAUGUCUCUCGUCGCUUUAAGCAAAUCUAGGUUGUUAAUCUGAAGUAAAUGAAUCCCUAUUGUUUUGUCAGAUGAUGGUAGGUAUAGCUUCCAAUUGGUUAUGAUGGUUACUGGCUUUCACUAGAAAUACUGGACAUACUUGACCAAGUUACUUCUGAUUGCUGUAGUGAUGCUCAUACUUUUUAGACUUUGUUAAUGAUUUGAUUUCAAACUCA